UAGUAUAAAAAUCACUAAAAUUAAUUUAAUCUUAGAAUUAAGAAUUAUCCAAUCUAAUACAUCUAAGGAAUGUAUGAAGAGAAUGAGUAAACAUUAAGAGUUUUCCUAGCAUCUUGCAAUGAAGGAGUUUGUCUUAAAAUGUACAGCAUUAAAACAGUUUGGAAAGAAAUGUCUGAAAAAACUAAGACAGCAAUAAGAGCAGUGCUGACUGAUGACCACAGCUGAAGCUUGGUAAAAUACAAGCCUUACACUACAUUAUAUUGUUGAUUAUCUUCAUUAAUAACUUGCCUUAUUUUUUCUCCAGUUACACUUUAUUUAUGUAGGGCUGUUAUAAUUCCCAGCAAUUUUAAAACUGAACAUUAUAAACUGUGGCAAAAGUGAAGCACGAAGAUCAUGAAUUUGUUUAAUCUGGACCGCUUUCGCUUUGAGAAGAGGGCCAAUGUUGAAGGACAAAAUGCUCCAUCUUCAGAUUCUCCUGAAGAUCAGAAAGAGCCCACUGCUUUCAAUACUGUAAAGAAGAAUUCUUCAAUUCCUUCUCCUUCAGAAGAUCAUGCUAUUACUACUGGUGGAGAAGAUGAUGAUGAUCAUACUAGUGGACCAACCUCUCCAGCAUCUGAUGUGUCUGAGGAAACCGAUGACUCCAGUAUUCCAGAAACUCCUGAAGCUAAGAGGACAGUGCAAUCAAAGUAUUUUAAAUAUAAGAAAGAUGUUAUUGAAUUGUCAUCUGAGAGUGAAGAAGAAGUACAAGGGAAAUGCAAAAAUACAAAGCAAUCCUCGGUUUUUAGAAAGGAUGUUAUUAUAAUUUCUGAACCUUCUGAUGACGAAAGUGAGAAUGAAUCAUCACAAUCUCUCCCUAAAAGUAGUCCAGUUGAAAUGUCAGAUGCCACAGAGGAGGAGGAGCAGGAGGAGGAAGAGGAUUUGAAUUAUUGUAAACUCCAAACACUAAAAGAACUUUUCCCACAAAAAAGUGACCAAGCAUUAUUAGAGCUCAUAGAAUCAACAAAUACUAUGGAUGAAGCUAUAGCUGCUGGUCUAAAAUUGUUUGAUGAAGGAGGAUCUCGAAAGAGAAAGCUUGAAGAAGGUGCGAUGAAUGAUUCUGAAGAUAAGGAUGACCAAAGUGCAAAAAAGAAAAAACUUGAUCCUUUGCAAAAUCCUGAAAACCAGGGGGAAAAUCAUGAACAGUUAGUAAGCAAAUUGCACAAAGAAUUUCCAAGUUUACAUAAAGAGGAACUGAGAGAUGUACUUCAGGAACAUAACUGGAUAUAUCAAGAAGCUUUGGAUUCUUUAAAAGCAUUUAUGGAAGAUCAAGAGGAUGCACCUUCAAAGAGUGAAGUUUCAAAGAGUGAAGUUUCAAAGAGUGAAGUUUCAAAUGGAAAGAGCAUCUCGGUUAAUAAUGCCACUGACCACAAGAAAGAUACCAAUAUGAAGCCGAAAGAGAAAUCAUCUAAAACAUCUGAGAAUGGCUUCAGGAAAAAGGAAAAAAAGAAGAAAAUUUGGAGUACUAAAAAGGACUCCCAGGAGGUACAAUACGAAUCUGCUUCGGAAGCCGGUAGCUCCCUUGAUGAGGACUAUAGCAGUGGUGACGAAGUGAUGGAAGAUGGUUAUCGAGCUAAAAUUCUUAAUUUUCUUCAACAUGCUUCUCUUGGUGAACUCACUUUGAUUCCACAGUGUUCUCAGAAAAAGGCUCAAAGAAUAAUGGAGCUCCGUCCCUUUAAUAGCUGGGAAACUUUGUUCACAAAAAUGUGUAAGACCAAUGGUUUGUCGGAAGAUAUUAUUUGGAAUUGCAAAACACUACUAAGAGAAAGAGAUGUUGUGCUAAGACUUAUGAACAAAUGUGAAGAGAUCUCAAAUAAACUGACCAAACAAGUAACAAAAAUAACUGGAGAAGGAGAUGGUGGAUGGAACAUUGCCCAACCAUCCAUCCUAAAUCCAAGCAUGGAACUUAAGCCAUAUCAGAAGAUUGGUUUAAAUUGGCUAGCACUUUUGCAUAAGCACUCACUGAAUGGUAUUUUAGCUGAUGAAAUGGGUUUAGGAAAAACCAUUCAAGCAAUUGCUUUUCUGGCAUAUCUUUAUGAAGUGGGUGAUGUAGGUCCACAUUUGAUCGUUGUGCCAGCAUCAACAUUAGAUAACUGGAUAAGGGAAGUUAACCUGUGGUGUCCAGAACUCCAGAUUUUAUUUUAUUACGGAUCUCAAGAAGACAGGAGGCAUCUCAGAAUGGAUAUCCAUAAUAAUGUAACAGAUUUCAAUGUGAUCGUGACAACGUAUAACUGUGCAAUUAGUAGUCCAGAAGAUCGUAACCUGUUUCGCAAGAUGAAACUUAAUUAUGCAAUUUUUGAUGAAGGUCAUAUGCUAAAAAAUAUGGGCUCUGUACGCUAUCAACAUCUGAUGACAAUUAAUGCAAAAAAUCGUUUGCUGCUAACUGGGACUCCUGUUCAAAAUAAUCUUUUAGAACUUAUGUCCCUAUUGAAUUUUGUAAUGCCGCACAUGUUCAGUAGUAGCACCAGUGAAAUUCGGAGGAUAUUUUCUUCUAAAGCAAAAGCAUCUGAGGAGCACAGCAUUUAUGAAAAGGAGAGAAUUACACAUGCAAAGCAGAUAAUAAAACCAUUCAUCUUGAGAAGAAUAAAAGAAGAGGUGCUGCAACAACUGCCUCCCAAAAAAGACAUUGUUGAGUGGUGUGAAAUGACUGAGAAACAGGGAAAACUAUACGAAGAUCUUUUUAGCUGCCUUAAGAAAUCUAUUGAUGGUCAAGAAAAAAAUUCUGAAAUGGGUAAUGUCAUGAUGCAGCUAAGAAAAAUGGCUAAUCAUCCCCUCCUACACCGCCAGUAUUAUACCUCUGAAAAACUUAGAGUCAUGUCAAAACUCAUGCUCAAGGAACCUACACACUGUGAAGCAAACCCUGAUCUUAUUUUUGAAGAUAUGUGUGUGAUGACUGAUUAUGAACUGCAUUUGCUUUGUAAACAGUAUGCAAAUAUUCAUGACUUCAAACUUGAAAUGGAUCUAAUUUCGGAUUCUGGAAAAUUUAGGACACUUGUACGCAUUUUGUCGGAUUUUAAAGAAAAGGGUGACAGAGUUGUCUUGUUUAGCCAAUUUACCAUGAUGCUGGACAUCUUGGAAGUUCUCCUGAAACAUGAGCAACAUCGCUAUCUUAGACUGGAUGGAAAAACACAGAUCUCCGAUAGGAUACAUUUGAUAGAUGAAUUCAAUUCAGAUAUGGGUAUCUUUGUUUUCUUGCUUUCAACUAAAGCUGGGGGCCUUGGGAUUAAUUUGACUUCAGCCAACGUGGUCAUUCUCCAUGAUAUUGACUGCAAUCCUUACAAUGACAAACAGGCUGAAGACAGAUGCCACAGAGUUGGACAGACUAGAGAAGUGCAGGUCAUUAGACUUAUAAGUAAAGGGACCAUAGAAGAAUCCAUGCUCAAAAUCAGUCAGCAGAAGUUAAAAUUAGAGCAAGAUAUGACAGCGACAGAAACAGGAGAAGAAGGAGCCAUUCCAGCAGAUAUAGCAACACUAUUAAAAACCUCAUUAGGUCUCUAAUGCUAAUAUAAAAAAGGCGAUGUAGAUUUUUUUAUUUACGGGAAAAUAUGUGGUGCUUCAAGAAAUUUUUGUUACAAAAUACAUUUGUAUGAACAUUUAUAGCUUUUUAAACAAAUCUUGUUGUAUUGGCCAAGAAAUAAAAUUUUUCCCACUACCGGUACUCAAAUUAAAAUGUACAGAUGCCAUAAAAAUGUAGUGCAUAAAAUGCCAUCUGUAACUAUCUUACCAAGGCAGUUUCUAAUAGGGACCCUAGUUUUAACAGAACUGCUAAAGGUUAAAAUUGUUGCAUAUUUUUGUAAUUAUUUCUACCUCUAAAUAUAAAUAUAUAUAUCUAUAUAUAUAUAUAGAAACUUGUCUAUUUCACUGGAUGUGUGGUUUUUUUACAUGUGCCUUAUUUGAAAUGCCCCGUAUUUGUUGUCUCUUGGUUUUUUUUGUUUUUUUUUUAAGUACUGUAAUGUUUUAUAUCAGAUUGUUCACAUAAUAAAAAUAUUAAUCUUAAUUCUGUUUUUUUAUACGAUUCUUUUAACUGCAAAAAAGGAAAGAGAAAUUAAAACCCCUCAUAUUUGUUUUCUUUUAUCCAUGAUAGCUUUUACAUUAAGGCCUUCUCAGUAGUGAUGAUUUAGACAUUUUCGCCAAACUUCGUUGACCUUUAAGA